CAACAACCCAGUUAAAUCCCACAAGAGUAGGGUCUGGGGAGGGUGUGUGUACGCAGACCUUACCCCUACUCGAAAGUAGAGAGGCUGUUUCCAAAGAGACCCCCGGCUCAACGUCGAAAGUUGCAUUGCUUGACUAACUGCUACUUCAUUAAUUAAAGAAGCGCGGACAUUUUAGAAAUCCAUUUUGAUUUAUUCCAUCACACCCAAAGCCAAAAAAUGGUGAAAUUUUGGCUCCAUCGGAGAUGAUGGAAAUAAACAGUUUAAAGAGUUAUUUUGUUGGCAAAAUUCACAAGAAUACUCCCAGAAAUUACAGAUUUUCGUCCAUCUCACAUGGGCUGCGCUUCCGCUGCUUUCUCCGCCGGCAUUUACCGUCCACCUAAAACCCCGACCUCUUCCGCCGCCAACGUUUCCCCGUUUCUCUUUCCCGCCACUUUGACCAGCUUUCACCAGCCGCGAAGAACCUAUCUUCCCUCCUUGUUUAUCCGGAGCUCUGGCCGCACACUUCUUCCACCGUUCGCAGCCUCCACUGACAACAGCGGGGUAAAUAAUAACGACGGAGAAGGCGGAAAUGGAGGCGGCGGAGGCGGAGGCGGCAAUUGGUGGAACGAUUUCUUCAAUUUUGAUAAGAUGCAUUUCCUUCUCCCGUGUUGUUGGGUCUUCGCAAAUGAAAGUGAUGCUUUUGCGUCUAUCACUUCUUGUAAGCCAUUAAUACUAUUACUGGUUUCCGUAUCGUCUUCCAUCACCUGUUGCUUGGUAUUAGCUUCACUGGUACAAGCUCAGACUAACGGUGAAGAGACUGAGGUUUUGUCUGAAAUUCGAGGUGGAAGGAGGGUUGAACUCGUAGCAGAUUACUCUAAAGAUGAAUUUGUUAUUCGAAAAAGAGCAUUUCCUUGGCUUCAGUCAGGAUCAAAUUUAAAAUAUCCAUCUUUUAGGGAUUUUACCAUUGAUUUGUGGAUGUGCUGUAGGAACCUAGCCAUGAAUUUGAUGUUGCCAGAGGGAUAUCCUGAGAGUGUAACCAGUGAUUACUUGGAAUACUCUCUUUGGAGAGGGGUUCAAGGCGUUGCUGCUCAGAUUAGCGGCGUUUUGGCCACACAGGCUUUGCUUUAUGCUGUCGGAUUGGGUAAAGGAGCCAUUCCUACUGCUGCGGCUGUAAAUUGGGUGCUUAAGGAUGGAAUUGGGUAUCUUAGCAAGAUUCUAUUGUCAAAUUAUGGCAGAAAUUUUGAUGUCAAUCUUAAAGGUUGGAGGUUGUUUGCUGACCUCAUGGAGAAUGCUGCUUUUGGACUGGAGAUACUGACUCCAGCGUUCCCCCAUCUGUUUGUUCCUAUUGGUGCGGUUGCUGGAGCAGGGCGAUCAGCGUCUGCGCUAAUACAGGCUGCUACAAGAAGUUGUUUCUGUGCUGGCUUCGCUGCUCAGAGGAACUUUGCUGAGGAGGGGGAAAACAAUUCAGAAGAAUUUGAUGAAGAAGAAGCCCCCGAGAUCACACAAUGGGAAGCAAUUUGGUGGCUUGCUAUUUUGACCAUAUGGAUUUCUGUAUUAUCUGGUUAUCUUGUAGAUGCUAUUGAGGGAGCAUCUGCCUCGAUGAACAUGCCUGUUGCUUUUAUAAGCGUGAUCUUGCUUCCAAUUGUGGGGAAUGCAGCAGAGCAUGCAAGUGCGAUAAUGUUUGCGAUGAAAGACAAGUUGGAUAUUACACUCGGAGUAGCAAUUGGGUCAUCCACUCAAAUAUCAAUGUUUGUGGUUCCAUUCUGUGUGGUUGUGGGAUGGUUCAUGGGAAAGUCUAUGGACUUGAACUUCCAACUCUUUGAGACUGCAACACUUUUUAUUACAGUUCUAGUGGUGGCAUUUAUGCUACAGGAAGGGACAUCAAAUUACUUUAAAGGUUUGAUGCUUAUAUUAUGCUACCUCAUUGUUGCUGCAAGCUUCUUUGUACAUGUAGAUCAACCAGACGGUACAGAGUAAUGCCGCUGCCACAUCAGUUGAAUGUUCUAUUAAAAACAGCCCUCAGUCACUAUGAAGCGUUGGAUUUGAAACUGGCAGUUUGAAAAGCUCUGCAGUCACAAACACACACACACACACACCAUUGGUUUUAUACAUCCGGCUAUGUGUCCUAUACAUACAAACAUAUAUGUAUAGCUUUUAGACGCAAUCCUUAUAUGUCAAUGGUAGAAAGCAGGAGUCCCUGACAAAUGUACGAACACGCACACAACACUCAUUGGCCUGGCGAGUGGGUACUUUGCGGUUGCAUUGCAAGGCCCUCUAACUCUUUUUUCUGAGUUAGAAUAUAUUUUAGUUAUCAUUCAAAAGGCCAUGCAAAGACGUUUUGUAUUGUGAAUAUAAUUUUUCUUUGAUG